AUGGUGUGCAGCCCGGUGACAGUGAGGAUUGCUCCUCCCGAUAGAAAAUUGACUCGUCUUCCAAUGUCCAAGCAGUUAAUCUGCUCAACACUGUCCUCACCAUCGAGUGAUGCUCCAGACCCAUGUGCAAAGGAGACCAUACUGAGUGCUCUCAAAGAGAGGAAGAAGAGAACAGUGAAGGAGGAAGAACAAAUAUUCACUGAUAGCCAAGAAAAUAAAAGAAGGUGCCAUGAUAGCAGUGGGAGUGGACCUUCAGUAUUCGAGUCCCUGGUGGCUGAUAGAGUCCCUGCUUCUUUUGUGCCUAACCUUGGGUCUCUGAAGAGAGGUCUCAAUUCCCAGAGCUCAGAUGACCAACUGAAUAAGAGAUCCCUCAUCUCUUCUAUGAGCUCCAUAACAAGCAGGUACGCAGGUGGCCUUCCUAGCUCCAGCCGCAAUGCCAUUACCAGUUCUUAUAGCUCUACCAGAGGUUUCUCUCAUCUGUGGAAGACAGGUGGUCCCAAUUCACCACCCUUUCCCAGCCCAGAUUCAUUUCACUCCCGGACACCGAAGAGGCUUGAAAGGAAAAUAAAAGAGGAAUUUUUUCGUCAUUCUAGUUCUUCGAUUCAGUUAGUAACCGACAAGGAGUCCGGAGGAGAAAAGGCUGCAGAUACAACCACCUGGAAGAAAGAAAACUCGUGGAAUUCUCCAUGUACCCUUAGCAGCUCUGGGCAGCGGAAGCGGAAGAUACAGCUUUUGCCCUCCAGGCGAGGGGACCAGCUGACCUUGCCUUCACCUCCCCAGCUUGGUUAUUCAAUCACUGCCAAAGACCUAGACUUUGAAAAGAAAGCUUUGUUACAAUGGUUUAACAAGGUCUUAGAGAGUAAGACUAAUGCUGCUUCAAACUCUGUCACUGAGAACUCACUUACCACUCAGCCAUCUUUUACUUUUACCCAGCCUACUGCUGGGACUGCUUCUUCCCAAACCCCACUCCUGGCCCCCAGCACUGACCCACUCUUAGAGAGCUUAAGGAAGAUAUCAAAUUCCUCAGGCCUACCAUCCUCCCCAGAAUCUGCUGGAGUGGCAACUACUGUGGCCCAUUUGCCACCGAAGAUAUCCAGCCUUCUCGGCCCUCUUGGCUCUUCACAGACAGUGCCCCUUCCAGGCACCUCCUCGGACACCAAAUCCGCAGUUACUUUCUUGGGGUCGACCCCUGCUUCUUCUGGGAUACCUGUCACUGACACCACCAAGUCACUUCUUGUCCCUCAGGCUGAGACAUCUGCCAAAUCCCAAGCCCUGUCAGCCCCACUCCCUACCCCCAAGCAAGGUGUUCUGUUUGGAAUGUUGAGAACCCCACCUGCUAACCCUUCUGCCGCUGCAGCUCCUGCUGUAUCUUCAGCACCUUCUAUGUUCAAGCCCAUUUUUAUGGUCCCACCUAAAAACAAUAAUGAGGGCCCCUUGCUAGCUAGCCCUUCCAAAGUUACUACCUCAACAUCUUCCAGCUCUGCCCUUCCCUCGACUAACAGCCCCUCACUCAUCACUUUCAAGCCAAUCUUUGGCAGCAUGGGACCACCUACAUCUGUGCCCUUGUCAACUCCCUUCUUCAAUCAAACAACUACUCCAGCCACAACCACAGGCACCGAUCUCUUCACUGGCCAGGUCAGUGCCACAUCAGCAGUGGCUGCCAUGACCAUAUCCAACACUUCCGCAGACUCGACUUUAAAGCCUGCCUUCAGCUUUGAUGUGAGCAGUGUGACCAGCACCAUGAGCAGUGUGACUAGCACCACCACUUCCACCUCCAAGCCUUUCCUCUUUGGAACUUUCCCCGCCUCUGGUGCCAGCUUUACACCAGCCAUGGGCUCCAUAUUCCAAUCUGGCAAGCCUCCUGCCAUGCCCACUUCAACAACAGUCACCACCUUUGGCCAGUCCCUACCCAGUGCCAUGCAGACAGGCACCAGCAGCAGUGCCACAAGCUUUGAUGGUUUUGGCAGCACCUUUACAGCCUCGGUCCUGGUCACCACCAACCAGCCUAAGCUGACAUUUAGUAGCACUGCCACAUCAGCGUCAAACAUUCCCUUUGCCUCAAGCACCAAGACUCCACUCUCAUCAUAUCCAGGAACCAACCCCCAGCUUUCAUUUGGGCAGCAGCAGGGAGCCACCAAACCAGCCAUCACCCCCAGCUUCGGAAGCUCUUUCACUUUUGGAAACUCUGCAGCCCCAGCCCCAACUGCAACUCCAGCGCCAGCCCCAGCCCAGCCAGCCUUUGGCAGCACAGUUCAGUCAGCUUUCGGUGAUUUGAAACUCACAGCCUCUGCUUUCAGCACCCCUGCCAGCACCCAAACAGCCUUUGGCAGCACCACAGCUGUUUUCUCCUUUGGUUCAGCCAACACCUCUGGCUCUGGAGCCACAACCCAGACCACCAGCAGUGGGACAAGUAGCUCAGUGUUUGACAGCACAACACCAUUGACCUUCACGAUUAGGGGCUCAGCAGCCCAAGCUGGCAACAGGAGCUUUGGGAUCAGUAUGGUUACCCCAAGCACUACCUCCACCUCUGGAGCAUUCAGCUUCGCAGGAGGACAGGAUGGGAUGACUAGCAACACAAUCCCUUUUGGAGGAGGCUUGAGUCAGAACACCUUGGACAUGCCCAGCCAGAGCACACCCUUUGCCUUCAGUGUGUCCAGCACCCCUGAAAGCAAACCUGUGUUUGGAGGCACCUCCACACCCAUCUUUGGUCGGAGCUCCCCUGCCUCUAGGGUGGGCACAUCGGGCAGCAACUUUUCCUUUGCAGCAUCCUCAACACCUAACAAAGGCUUUAUUGCAGAUGGACCUUUGGGUUCAGCGACCCCUUCAUUUUCCAUUGGUGCAGGAUCCAGGACCCCAGGAGCUGGGCAGAGACAGCAGGCCCGAAGGCAGCACACCCGCAAGAAGUAG